GUUACCACUUGAAGCAAAAAUUCAAAAUAUUUGUUUACGCUGUCCAGAAUAAUAGUUUGAAAUUGCUACUUAGACUUUGAUAGAAACAGCUACAAAGCCUUCAUAGAGAGCUCUGGAUAAAUCAUUAAGACUACCUGGGCUUUUUAAUUGGGGCCUAAAGUUAGUUUACGACGUUUUAAGAACUACAAACUUUAGUUGGUUGGUAGCACCGGAAAAUGACGAAGCUUACUGCUAAUUUCUAAAAUGUCAGGGAUCACUCAGUCAUAUUAUGAAAUGCACCGUAUACAAAAAAGAGAAUUCAGCAUGUCUGACAGCAGCAAUAAUAAGAUUCCUAACUAUGUACACCAGGCUGUUAUUAUGAGCGAAACUAUUAAAAAAGAGUUGAAACAUCAAAAAAUAUUCACAGAAUACAGUAUCAAUCCUUUUAAGAAAAUGUAUCCCUUAGCUGAUAAACCAAAUAGAAUACAAGAAGCUGAUGCUGAAGACAAACAUUUUGCGAAGGUUAUACAACGCGCUUCUUUGGAACCACCAAAAAAAUAUAUCGAACCUCAAACAGAAAAUCAGGAAUAUGGUUGGAUAAGUCAGCCAUUAAUGGAAAUAGACAGGAGUGAUCCAAGGUUUUAUCAUCCUAAAGUUGCUUGUGAAAUGACGAAAUUUAUGGAUGCGUAUUGGAAGCUAAAUGAACAGCGUAAAUUAAAUUCGUGAGUCUUAGGGAUAACUGAUUAAUACCUGAUGCAUUAAAAAUACAAUAUUGUAAAACCUGAAAAUAAUUUCAUCAGAAAUGUCGUCUGAUAUAUUUCUAUUUUUCGUUUAAUAUAUAUAGUUUUAGAAUAGAUUUAUUCUUGUAAAAUCCAAUUGUUAUUAUUUUUAUGUGGAAUAAACAAACGUAUUCUCAUAUUUAGUGAGGUGAGUUGUUUUGAAAUAUAAUAAUUAUUUUAGUAAUAAAUUAGUCUGACAUUUGUUUGUGCAGUGAAUAACACGACUAAAUUUUCAAUUGAAUCUUUCAGAGUCACUAUAAGAGAAUAAUCUGAAGACUACAUAUACAGAAAUCAGUCACUAGUUAAAUUGGGUCAUAAUAUAAAUUUCAUUAGUUACCUAGGUCGUCCGGUCAAGGAACUCCAUAUGUACAUAGUAUGUGUAGAGAGUCGUUAUCUAGUUGUUUUAUUAUUAGGAUUAGACUACCAUUUAACAAACGGAUGUAGAAAUCGAUGAUAACUAGAGCAUAAAAUAUCUGAUGUUUUGUGAUUGAUUUUGAUAUAUAUUUAGUUCUGCAGCGGUUUAGGCGAAGUCGAAUCCAAAUAGAUGUUAACUGCUAAACUGAAAGAUGAUAUAUAUAUAUAUACUUAUUUUUCAGGAUGAUAAUAAUUACACUAAUAGUGUUAAUAAGUUUAUGUUAAACGCGAUAACAGUGAGUUAGAAUAAACAAAGGUAAUAAAAAAAUUAUUUUUUUAGUCAAGGAAACUAAUAAUAGUUUUAUUGUUAAGGGCUUAAAUAUUCAUCAUGAAGAUAAAUAGGGAAGUUAUAAUUAAGACGGAUGGUUUAGCAUGAUAAGAUAAAAUGUUGAAAUUGAAAUGAAAUGUAAUUAGGAGGAUUAUAGAAACAGAAAUAAACCAGUUAGGAGUAGGAGGUCUAUGGAGAAGAUGGAAGGGGAAGCAGAUGUUUGUAGAGGACGAAAAGUAUGAAGAAGAAACAGAAUUAUGAAAUAUUAAAACCAUGGUAGAAGAAGAGGUUGUACCAGUCUCUUUUGCACACGCAAUUCUGGUUUUCCCAGAUGUAUAGCUAUUGCUUCGACACUAUUAAGAGGAUGCAAUCUAAUUGUCUUUGGAAGACUUCUACUUGCCGUGUAUAUGACUUUGAAUGCAGAGUCUGCUUUGGUUGGGUGGCCUGUGUUCACAAGAUGUUCAAUUAAUGAGCUUUUUAUUGAGCCGUUUCCGCCUCUUUUUAUCCACUCAGGAUAAUGUUCUUGAAUUCUUUUGAAUAAAAUAUCGUCGAACUGUAGUGUAUGCUACUUAUAUCGGCAGACAUAAGUAGUAUGUAACACGAAACAAAGGUGGAAAACCUGGCAGCAGGAAGCGAUGAAGGUCACCUUGAAGAAAACGGAAACGGAAUUAGAAAGGAAUCGUGAUUCGGAAGAAGUUUACAGGAUAUGGAAGAAAAGUGAGGGAAAUUCGCAAAUGAAGUAAAUAAUGUAUGGUUCUCAUAUUUUACUAAAACAUUCCGUAAUUUCAUAUUAAAAUUCGUUGGAUUAUCCCGUCUGAGUGUUCGUUUAUUACAGAACGACUAAUAUACCUGGCUCCUCAUGAGCAGGUAAGUUGCUAGAUGCAUAUAGAGUUCGUCAGACUCGCAGUUUAUUGUUACUGUUUCUAACAUUCCUUGUUAACCCAUCACAUUUUGUAAAAUAGUAUAGGUUAACUCCACUUCAAGAACUCUCGAUCGAAUCCAUUCAAAGUUGGAAAAUGAAUAGUUUUACCCUGUGAAAAACAUAUAUCGCUCUUAUAGCUGCAAUUCUGAAACCAUUUGGAAAUUAUUUCAUGUAUUAGCGAACAGACUUACCUCGUUCCAUCGUAUGCAGACCAAACAAAAACAUUCCAGGCAUCCACACUUACAUUAGCCGUCAGAUGAUAUUGUAGUUCUCCCAAAUAUCAUCCUAUGUAAACAAUUCCAUAAAGGGAAGUCGAUAAGACAACCUCGAUACAUGUCAUCAAUGUGUUUACCGAUAGUUUUGUUCCUUCCUAUACUUAUCAUAUCUUUAAUCUACAAUAAAUAUUAAACAACCAUUUAUUUAAUCAACUAAGCUAUGAACUGUUUACUGUGUCCUUAUAUACUGCCUGCAGACACAUGUAAUGUAAGCAGAAAGUGAGACAGUGGAAAACUUUUUAGUUAUUUAUUCAUUUAAAUCGUCACUUUUUACUGAUAAUAUCCGUAUAAUAGGUUGAUUACGCUAGUUGUCAGACUGCUAAAUAACAAUGCCUUAUCAGCCAGUUGGUUAUAGUUAGUGUACGACCUGAUGCGAAAAGUGUAUCAGUUCAAGUUUACGUAUCCCAUAUGAACACAGUGAUGAAGUAAAUUGAUAUGACUUCUCGAUUGAACGCUAAUUUUUAUAUCUGAUUAUUAUGUCAGAAUCGCUUAUCAUCUAUUCUUGUGAAGAGAGGAACCACUGCGAUUCCCACGACGUGAAAGUAAGAACACAAAGACUGAUACAAGUGAUGAUUUAUUAACCCCGAAACAUGACGACAACAACUCUAGUCGAAAAUACACUCAUUUAUAUAUUGAUUGUAUACCCAUUUUAAUUAAUAAUUAGGAUGAAAUCACAUAUAUGAAAAAUACUUAAAGUUAUAACAAAUCACAUAAUGAGCAUAGUUUAUGUUAAUUGAAUACAAGAAUAUCGUAUAUUAUACAGAAUAAAAUAUCAUACGACAAAAGAAAACAAAUACUACAGUAAAUGAUCAUCACAUCGAAUUAGAAGGGAAGUAAUGUUGAACAAAACUUAUAAUAAGUAAAUCAAUCGAAAAUUGACUUUUCUUCCCGUCAUAUCAUAUUUCGUCCAAGAGACUCAACUCGUCAUCUAUGACCUUGGGACUACAAAUUCGUGUUCGCGUAGCGAGUGGUAUUAUUAGGUUUCGCUCUCGACUACUGGGGACUCAGCUGUGGAAGCUUGAUAAGUGUCUAUUCUACAAGGACUUUUUGUAGAUAGAUCUUUUUAGAAUUCCAUCGUGUUUUCUUGUCAUUUCCAUAUCGAGAAAGUGAAUAUUUUGUUUGUUUUCAACUUCAUGUGUGGAAUUUAUUGCUGGGUGACAGUUAUUAAAUAUCUUUAGAAGAUGACUUAACUCAUAUUUGUUGUCACAGAUGAUAAAAAUAUCAACCGCGUACAUUUUAUACAGAUGGAAGUUGUCGGUAGUUAUUUGUUUUCUAGACUGUCCAUGAAAGAAUUUUAUAGUAAUGGACCAAAAGGGGAUCU